AUGUUGCUGGCUAGUCCUAUCGUACUCUUGCUUUUCUUCGUCAACUUGAGCAAUGCUGUUGAAAGUGUGUUUAUCAAGCGCACCGAGCCGUCCCAGAAUGCAGGAGACAAUCACCAAACUAUUGCAAAUGUGCGAACUGGACAAGUAUGUGGCCUUGAUUUAAACAGUUCCCCACCGAGAAAUGUAGAAUCACACCCAACCGAUCAUCAAACGAAUCUCGAUAUUCCAAGCAUUUCACAAAAAUCUACUCCUAACCGAGGAAGACCAAAGAAGUACUUUACCGAAGCGGAAAAACGUCGAGCUAGCACAGACAGAAAAAAUCGAUGGUCACGAAAAUAUUCGGUAAAAGGAAUCGAAAAAGCAAACAAAACCUUGGAAGGUGAUGAAUUACACAAAUUUUUACAAAGAGCAGAAGAUCAUCAAGCAAAGAUGAAAAAGAGAAACCAACUUUAUCGAGAAAAAUAUCAAAAGUAUGAAAAGAUUCAAAAAAAAGACAUCGAUUUGAAUUCUUAUCCUAAAGCGUACUACAAUCGAAAGAGGGGUAGGCCACAAAAGUAUGCUAAUGAUGAAGAGAGAAGGAAGGCGGAAGCUAAGAGAAAGAAGAUCUACAAUAUGAAAUAUACGUUAGAAGGAGUAGAGAUCGCAAAAGCGACCAUGCAAGGCGAUGAAUUGCAAAGUCAUCUACUCAAAGCAGAAGAUCUUCACAAAAAGAGAAGGGAUUACAUGAGACGCAUGCGGCUGCGGGACCGUUUGCGAACAGGGCAAUAA